UCUAAAGUUGUAAGCAUCGUUUUUUUUUUUUUUAAUAAAAAUCGAAUGAUUACAAGUGGACAAAAAUUUAUAAUUUUUAAAAAGUAUUUUAUAAGAAGAAAAAUCUGAAGAUGGAGUUAAGAUUGACCGAUCAGGAUGUGAUUGAAACUAUAACAAAUUAUAACCAAUUAAGAAUUGGUUUUUGGUCUUCAUCUGUAAUUGUUGCAUCUUAUUUGCUGGCAGUUUUAAAAAUUGCACCAAGUUACAUGAAAUCUAGACCUGCUUUUCAUUUGAAAACCUUUAUUGUUUUCUAUAAUAUUUUUCAAAUAAUUACCUGUGCGUAUUUAAUUUUUAAGAGUUUUACUAUUAAUCUACCAGUGACACAUUUUUGGAAAUGUGUUGUUGUCACACCCGGAAGCACUGAAGACAAAGAUUACCAUCAUGUUGCUUUUGUACUGUUUUGUCUGAAAGUUUCUGAAUUCACUGAAACAUUAGUUUUUGUUUUGCGUAAAAAAUACAGACAAGUAUCAUUUUUGCAUGUCUUUCAUCAUUGUUCAACGGUUUUUAUGGCAUAUCAUAUGAACCAUUCAUAUUCAAAUAGUGCGGCCUUCUUCCCUCUCUAUAUCAACUCAUUCGUCCAUUUAAUCAUGUACACUUACUAUCUAAUGGCUGCCACACUUCCAAGCGAAGUCAUCAAAAAACUUAUUCCACUCAAAAAGAGCAUUACAAUAAUUCAAAUGGUUCAAUUUACAAUUGUACUGGCACAAGUAGUUAUUGCACUAUGUUUAGGUUGUAAAUUCCCAAAUGGAUUACUUGCUUUGUAUUGUUUUAUGAUAAUGGUAAUUUUCUAUGAAUUUUAUAAUUUUUAUCAAAAAAGUUAUAUUAAAAAGCAAGCUGAAAAGUCAAAAAUUGAAGAAGAUAAAUUGAAUAAUAAUUACUCAAUAAAAAGUCAAUAAAAAAAAUGAAACGAA